GGCCACGACGACCGGUCGCGAUUCGAACGAUAUGUCGUCUUGAUGCAAUAAUUAUUAUUAUUUUAUUCUCGCGAUUUCUUCUCGUCGACAAUAAUUAACAACAAUCAUUGCGACUUAUUACGAUCAUUAUUCAUUAACUAUCAUUAAAAUACCAACGCAUGCGCAUUACACUUUCCAGAGUUACAAUAAACACUCAGCAUACACGCGUAUUUUAGACGGGUUUCCGAAAUGGAGAGCAUUUACCCAAGAAGGGUGCCCGUCAUGGGCAACCUGACGGGCAACGGAUGGACGGUGGCGAGCCAGGAGAGUGUCCUCUCCUUGAUCGUCGUCCUCGGUAGCAGCGUGUCCUUGGUCGGACUCAUAUUCGCAUUCAUCACGUACAGUUUGUUUUCCGAUCUGAGGACAAUGUCUGGCACUGCAUUAAUGUACAUGCUAGCAAAUAUGUUUUUAACACAGCUGUUUUAUGUAGUUGGAGUCGGAGGAGUUCAGGAAGAUAAUCUCUGUCUGUGUCUGGCGUUUGGAAUACACUACCUCCGCUUGGCCAUUAUCAGUUGGCUGUGUGUGAUGACCUACGAUAUGUUGAUAACGUUCCGCAACAAUGUGAAUCUCAACCCUCGACCGGAGCCGGUGAAUGUGCUUAUUUCAAGGUUCGUCAAGUAUAGUUUGUUCGCUUGGGGCGUACCCUCAUUGUCAGUGAUAGCAGCUAGCGUGAUGAGAGUGACAGUGAACCACCAGACCAUCGACAACCUCAACCCGUACAACUGUUGGUUUUUCGAAAAGACAAUCUACAACGUGACGUUCGCCGUGCCGGCGCUGUGCUGUUUCGCGGCCAUCGUGGACUCGCUGAUCCGGAGCUGGCUGACCGCCCGGGCCACGGUCGGGCUGCAGGUGGACAAGAAGACCCGGCUGAAGAUGCACCGAAAGCGCACGCUGCAGCUGCACCUGUACGUGAAGAUCGCCACGCUGCUGUUCGCGGUGAACGUGUUCGGUUACGUGGCCAGGAACGGGUCGCCGGCAUCGGACCCGGUGGCGUGGAUCGCGUACAACGUGGGCCACUCGCUGCAGGGCAUACUGGUCGCGCUGGCCGUCACGUGCAACUGUCAAGUGCUGAAGAUCUACACGCGGUCGUUCGCCCGGCGGCGGCGCCGGCGGCCACGCAACGGCAGCGCGACGGCGCUGUUCGACAAACGCGACAAUGACAUCAGCGACACGACGUACCUGCAGAACCUCACGUGGGACCCCGUCCCGCUGCCCGUCUAGAACGUCACGGCGGACGGCGACCCGGACGAACACAACAGGACUACGCAACUUCUACCAUCCGGCCACGGCCUUCUCCGCCGCGGUCGUGCGUCACCCGAUGAGCGCACAGACAUGGGCGGCUGUGAUGGUUUGGUAGGAGGGAGGGAGGGAGGGACCCGACAGCGAAACGAGUCUCAAUGCGCAUAUUAUUAUGUAUUAUUAUAUUAUCAUUAUUACUAUUAUAUUAUUAUGUAUUCAAGUAUUAACCAAUACACCCACACCCGCCACCGAUCGGCCGUACACCAGACCCACGUUCGAUGCCCCCGCAACUUGAUUAAGUUUGUAAUAUCGUUGCACACGGCCAUGGCCAUCGGAAAUAAUUCGGUGAAAUUGGAGAAUAGUAUUUGUCGCCAAGACGUGUGUGCGUUUGCGUGUGCGUAAUAUUAAUAAAAUGUACAAUAUUAUAAUAUUAUGGUAGGUACGUUCAUGUUUUACGAAAACUAUACUGUCGAGUCAAUAUUUUAGUAAAUGUCUCUUAAUAUUAUGUAGCACAUAAAGAUUUAUGACUUAUGUCCCGAAUAGGUACGAGUAUAUUGAUUGACGACAAUAUCCUACAAAAAUUUAAAACAAAAAAUUAAAUCUUCAUAAUAUAUUAAUAUGAUAUUAUGUUGUAUAGAAUAUUAAAAUUUUAUAAAUCAAAAAGAUCAUCACUUCUAAAUUAAUACAUUAUUGAGAAAUAAUAUUAUAUCGACCAUUUGCAUAAUAUUGAUAAUGAGAACUAUACGUAGAACAUUCAGCGUUAUUGUUUGCGCACCGACCAUAAUAUUAUAAGUAUUACAUUUACAUAGGUAAUAGCAGUAGUUAUAGUACCUACCUAUCUACAAAUAAAGUGAAAUAAAGUAAUGAAUUUAAUUAUGGCCGUUAUAAUAAUACAGCAAUAAUGAAGUUUGAUGACCACACUGUAUUUUAUAUAUUUGUAGGUAGGUAUGAGUUGUAUAAAAAAUCAGAAUAUGCAGAGCCGAUAGCCGAUAGGUGUGUACAUAUAGCACCAAAAAUAUAACAUACAAAAUGUGAAAAAAUGUCUUAUAAUUUGAAAAUAAAACUCAAUGUGAGAUUCUUGUCACUAAAGCGAUCACCAAAACUAUCUUCGUAUAGGAACAACGUAGGUACAAAGCAUUUUGAAUUUCGAUAUAAAACGUUAAAGUCGUCGACAACCAGGCCUUAGAUUUAUGUCACGAUAGUAUAUUACAUUAUAACAUUUAUAACAUAAUAUUACUUUAAUAUUAUCGCGACCUGCAGUAAUAUCAGGAAUUCGGCUAAUAUCGACAAUAUCGUAGUUUGCGAUUGAGAUCAGUGAUCAUGCUAUAUAUUAUAUAGCUAAGCCCUUUUCAGUUUUCCGACUUUAUUUAUAAUGCGUUGUACGCAUAUACUAUUUAAGUUGUAUUCAUUUUAUUUCAGUCGAAUCAAAUCCUAAUUAUGAAUGAAAGUUAACAGUAUUUUUCAAUUACUUGCAUAUAUAUUAUAUUAUAGUACAUUAAUACUAUUUAUAAACAUAUUGUAUGUAGGUACUAUUGCAAUAUAACCUAACAAGUGACUGUUGUAUCAUCGUUAUUAUAUCCAUAUAACUACUACCUAUAUGAUAUGCCCCUACCUACCUCUAUAAGCCUGCCUGGUUUAUUAUAUAUUUAUCAUCACUUAUGAACUUUAUUUGUUACUGUAUUAUUUUCUUCUUCUAGAGCAAUAACACAAUAUGUGUGCAAAUAUCUGAUUUAGUUUUAGUUCUACAAAGUAUAUGUUAAUGAUAAUCAUACAUAAAAUACAUGAAAGUUUAUAUGGAUGAUGUUGAUAUUGUAUUUUAUAUAUUCAGCUGUACCUACGCAGCGGGCACAUAUUAGAGUGUUUUGAAUCUCACAUUUUAAUCCAUUAAAUUGAUUCGAAGUACGAAACUUUAGGUAUGACGCAAGUUAUAUGCUCUACUAAUGUAAUACAAAAUAUGAUUUGAUUAUUUUCGAGUUUUAAAUACAAUUUUAGCUUCUAUAUUUUAGAUUUUGAGUUAACAGAAUCAAGUUAUUUGUUAUAAAAGUUAAAAGUCUAGUAAAUACAAGCCAUUUAAUAAAUCGUAUAAUCUAAUAUACCAAUAUAUUUCAUGAUAUUUUUGUAAAUAAUUGAUAUUUUAAAAAUUAAAAACUGAAAAUAAUAUUUGUACAUACCUUUUUUUGCUAUCAUGACACCGCUGACCCGUUGGAUAACUGCCUUUGCUUUGCUUUUCCCAAUAAUGUACAUACUAAACACUUGUCUACACUCUUUUGUCUAUCUAUAUAACAGUUAUGAAUUUUAUAAAAAAAAAAACCAUUUGGAUCACAAAGUGAACAUACCCUAACCCCUCAUGAGUUAAUAACUGAGUCCAUA